AUGAAGAGACUCUUCCCUUUUCACCACGCAGCCUGGCAGACAACUUACAAGGCAAUUGACGAGAUGGUUAAUGCGCCCUCGACUGAGGAGGGCAUCCGCAUACGGGACUGGAAAGAUGCCAUGCUAUCCCAGUUAGCCAGUGUUGGACUCAUAGGUGCUAUUAUGAGUGCAGUCAUCGUGGGAGCAUUCGCUUGGUCAAAACUCUCAGAGCCUCCUUUUAGUCUUGAUCCCGGGUACAGCAUGAUUUGCGUCGCUUGGUAUUGCUCCCUAGUCUUUGCCAUAGUUGCUGUUGCGACAGAACUGCAGCAAACAACGUUCCUCACCAGGAUUGGGUGUACGUCGAAAGGAAAUGCCGCGCUCCGGAAAUUGUUAAGCUACAAGGCUCCUAACGGACGACGCAAACCACGAGGCGAACAGAUAAUAAUUUGGCAGUUAGCCAACGGCCUUCUAGAAACCAGUAUAUAUCUAUGGUUAGCUGGUUUCCUAGUGUUCGUAUGGAUAGAGACAAGGAUGGGGAGGCAAGACCAGACACGCGAAAAUAAGAUCGUAAGUAGAGACUUGGAGUUUGGGAGAGUUCUCGGCCUUAAGAGGCGCUGA